GAGAGCUGGCUCCUAUUUAUUUAUUUAAUUAAUAUACUGGAAAAAAUCGUCAUCUGAACAAAUUCAGUUUGCAUGCAUUUAAUGUUUAAUUUCGACAAGUGUGUAUUGAGAUUUUAUUUUUUUAGUUUAAAAACGUUUUACAAGGAAAAACUUGGUUGUUAAAUUUUGAGGAGUUUUUUCUCUCUCUCUACAUUUCCAUUUUUCCGGGCUCGAUGUUUGAAAUCAUCUUUCUCUCCCCCGCCUGAUUUGUUGCAGAUUUGUCGCUGGUGCAGGAGGAGCUGCAGGAAGAACUGGACGGAUGCAGAUUUUCUAAAAUAUACACCAAGACCUCACUAUUUGCAAAAGAUAGGACUUCCUAUGGAUUAAAAAAAAAUGCACUUGCACCGCACCAAGGCCAGUGAUAUUGACGCUAUGGCUGCAAUCUGUCUAUACUUACUGUCUCAGUAAAGCAGGCAGCAUGAUCAAAUACGCCGCCUACCCCAGACAUGCUCUCAUCUCCCCUCUUGUAAAUAGCAGAAGAUGCACAAGGCUGAAAGCACCUCCCACCAGGCUCAUGGACAGCUUCAGCCCCACUGUUCCCUCGUACAAUAGAUGGACUCUUGACCUCGCAAUCUACUUCGUUAUAUCUUGAACUUGUACCUGCACUGCAUUUUCUCUGUAGUUGUUGGACUUUAUUCUGCAGUCUGUUAUUGUUUUAGCUCAAUGAACUGUGUCAUGAUUGGAUCUAUAUGAACAAUUUGUGAGAUAUGCUUUUCACUGUAUCUUGUUGGUGUGGAUGACUACAGCUCAGAGUCUGAUGUCCUUAUUAUACCUUCAGCCUUGGAUUUUGUGUCUCAAGACGAGAUGUUAACACCGUUGGGUCGACUGGAUAAGUACAUUGCUAGUGAGAACACAUUUAACAGACAAAUGGUAGCAAGAGGUUUGCUGGACACGCUGCGGGCAGUCAGCGAUGAUGAAAAAGACUGCCUCGCAGUGCUCGAAAGAAUAAGUAAACUAGCAGAAGAUCCAGAGCCAACUGUCCGUGCGGAGUUGAUGGAACAGGUGCCUCACAUUGCCAUAUUCUGCCAGGAAAAUAGGCCUUCCAUUUCUUAUGCUUUCUCCAAAUAUUUGUUGCCCUUCAUGGUUAGAUGCCUUGCAGACCCCAACAACCAGGUGAGAAAGACAAGUCAGGCAGCAUUGCUAGUGGUACUAGAACAAGAGAUAAUCGAAAGAUACGAUGUGGAGACCAAAGUAUGUCCAGUUCUACUGGAUCUAACUGCUCCAGAAAGCAAUGAUGAUCUGAAAACAGAAGCUGUAGCAAUAAUGUGCAAAAUGGCCCCCAUGGUAGGGAAAGCUAUCACUGAAAGAUAUAUACUGCACCGAUUCUGUGAAAUGUGCUGUGAUUGUCGGAUGUUCCAUGUUCGAAAGGUGUGCGCUGCCAAUAUUGGGGAUAUAUCCAGUGUUGUUGGUCGCGAAGCUACUGAAGAAUUGCUGUUACCCAGGUUCUUCCAGCUAUGCUCUGAUAAUGUGUGGGGAGUGCGGAAAGCAUGUGCCGAAUGCUUUAUGGGUGUUUCUUGUGCAACCUCUCAGGAAGUUCGUAGAACAAAGCUAUCUUCGCUCUUCAUUAAUCUGAUCAGCGACCCUUCACGUUGGGUUCGUCAAGCUGCCUUCCAGUCAUUAGGCCCUUUUAUCUCAACCUUUGCAAAUUCUUCUGCUACUGGUCAUUACUUCAAAGAGGAAGAUGUAUCGAAGAGCGAAGAGACAAAAAAGAAUGACAGUUCAAAAUGUGCUACGGAACCAGAAAAAGUUACAGGUGAAGUCACGGAACUUGUUGAAACGGAACAACAAACUACAGGCUACGGCAUUGUAGAAUCAAUGAAUGAUGCUGAACUCUCGCUGAAGAGUGAGCAAAACAGCAACAAAGAGUGUAGAAGUGACCUGAGUCAAGCCCAGAUGGUAUCACUGCAGUCACCCGAUUCAAGUAUAUGCACUAAACAUCAACCAACUGACACAAACAUCAUUUUCAGUGGAAGUUGUCUGCCAAACUCAUGCUGCACAAAUUCAGCACAAUCUACACAAGAGUCUUGGUCCAGUAGGGAAAAGACUGGCAUUCUAGAGGAAAUGUACAACUCAUUCCAUUACUGGAGGACUCCUAUACCUACAAUAGACCUUGAUCUGGAACUGGAGCCACUGAAAUGUCCAGAUAAGCAAGAAAGCAAAGAUCCAAUACAAGCUGAAGCACCAUUGAACUGUUCAAGCUUUAGCACAGCUACCAGGAAAGAACUGGAAGAAAUGCUGGAAAACUUGGAACCACACAUAGAUGACCCAGAUGUAAAAGCACAAGUGGAUGUUCUAACUGCUGCACUGCAAGCUUCGAAUCUUGAGUUAAAGGAAGAAAAAUCUAUAGGGCCACUGUCUAACCAGACACAGUCACAAACAGAAUCUGCUGCAGUUGAUACCACAAAUAUUGACCAGGACAAUGUGCCUUUAAUGGCUGAAAUUUCAGCUAUCGUUGAGGAAGAUUGUGUUAGUGAUCCAGUGCAUGUCAACCAAUCACCGAAUGCAUCGCCCUUUUCAACAAUGGUAACAGAUGAUCGUGUAUUCACCUAUUUUGAGACGAAUCUGGAAGGCAGACUUCAGUUCAUCCAAGGUAGUUCAUGUAGACGGCAAAGCAGUUUUGAUGAUGAUAAGAAAUCUAAAAUUCAGGAUGUUGUUCCACAAGCAUUGCUAGAUCAAUAUCUUUCAAUGACUGAUCCUUCACGUGCCCAGACGGUUGAUACGGAGAUUGCAAAGCACUGUGCCUAUAGUCUCCCUGGUGUGGCGUUCACUUUAGGCAGGCAAAACUGGCAUUGCCUGAAAAAUACAUAUGAGACACUGGCCUCAGAUAUGCAGUGGAAAGUUCGAAGGACUCUUGCAUUCUCCAUUCAUGAGUUGGCAGUCAUUCUUGGAGAUCAGUUGACCGCAGCAGAUUUGGUUCCCAUUUUUAAUGGUUUUUUAAAAGAUCUCGAUGAAGUACGAAUAGGAGUCUUAAAACACUUAUAUGACUUCUUAAAGUUGCUUCAAGCAGAAAAGAGAAGGGAGUAUCUAUCUCAGCUCCAAGAAUUUAUGGUAACAGAUAACAGCAGGAACUGGCGCUUCAGAGCUGAGCUUUCUGAGCAACUUAUUUUGCUCCUAGAACUGUACAACCCCAAAGAUGUAUAUGACUAUCUACGGCCCUUAUCUCUCAGCCUCUGUGCAGAUAAGGUAUCUUCAGUCAGAUGGAUUGCCUACCGACUGGUGAGUGAGAUGAUUAGAAAAUUUUAUGCAUCUUCAACUCCUGCAUUGGCAGUGGACUUGAUCAAUGAGCUUGUUGAUAAGUUUUGCCAUAGUGUGAAGUGGUCAGGUCGUCAAGCCUUUGUUUUUGUCUGCCAGGCUGUGAUUGAAGAUGAUUAUAUCCCUAUAGAGCAGUUUGCUGAGCAUUUGAUGCCACAUUUGCUACAGCUGGCAUCUGAUCCUGUGCCAAACAUCAGAGUGUUGCUAGCAAAAACUUUGAGGCAAACCUUGAUGGAAAAAGAAUACUUCCUGAAUUCUAGCAGCUCUCAGCAGGAAGCCAUAGAGCAAAGUGUUACAGCAUUGCAGGCAGAUCAAGACCGUGAUGUCCGAUAUUUUGCCAGCGUACAUCCCAGUAGCACAAAGCUUGGUGAUGAUGCCAUGAGCACGGCCUCUUCCACAUAUUAAAACCAACUGAUAUUUUUCAUCGGACUGUGCAGACUGGGAGUCACUAAUGAGUGAUUAAAAUAAAUGUAUCAGCUGGAAUGUGCUGAAUGAGUGCUCCAGAAUACAGUGAGAUAACUUCUAUAGACUGAACAAAUGGGGUUUUACAAACACGCUGACCUGUAAUGGCCCUUGAUUACACUGAGAUUCAGUUAGACCCUUACUAGUCGUGAAUGCAUGACUUCUGUUUUAUGCGUUUUGACCACUGAAAAGUUCUCAGAGGAUCUUACCACCGAAGCCUUAAACUCCUGUAUUAAACUAGAAAACUGGAACACCUGCAGCCUUCUUAAUGGAGGAGGGGAUUAUCCAUGUUGAAUCUUAUCAUUCCUUCCCAAAAAUACUAUAAGAAUGUUACCAACAAUUCUUCUCUAAGCAACAAUUUCCUGCAUUUGCAAAGAAAAUGAACCAGUAAAUUUAAUGCAUAUUUAUCUUAAUGCUGUACUGAUUCAAAAAAAAAAGUCCUUUUCAACUGUACUGGUUUGGUAAAGAGGUUGUUUUUUUUCUUAAUGGAUCAGUAAUACCUCAUUUAGUUUGAACAUGGACUGUGGACUUGUUUUAGCUCCUUAAAAUUAUCCCAUUCGUAUCACAGUAAAUUUCAGUCUAGCAGGUAUGGAAAAUAUGGCUGCCACUGUUCUGCUUGGACUCUCUUUACCAACUUGUUUAUUGUUCCUGUGGGUUUUGUUCUACCUACUUCGACUGUUGCACAGGACUUGACAGAAGAAUUACAGAAAGAACUAAGAUGAGAAUUUUUGCAUUACCUGCAAAGUGUUUUUUACAAAUUCCUUCUACCAGCACAGAGGCACUAAGUUGCUAUGCGAGCAGUUGUGGUAAUUGUUUUAAUAUGCACCCUGCCAAAUUGACCUCAAUUUCAUACCUCUGGCUGAGGUGCAUCUGAUUGACUUCAGAUGUGAAAUUUUUUUCUUUGGUUUGGUGUGAGCAUCAGGAAUCAGAUUUAUUUAAAUUUACAUACCAAUCUGACUUGCUGCAAAUCAAACAUGGCAUCUUUUUAUUUCUCUUCAUUCAAUAUAUGAACAGGAUUAUUCACCAGCUUGGUGGAGAGGAAGGAAAGAGGUGAGUUGGCCUGAGUAAGCACCAUUGGAUGACUUUUACCCAUGUGAGGUGGUUUUGAUCUCUUAACUCUCUACCAUUUAUAAAAUGCUAUUCUUAGUUCACACUCCACCAUCUUGUUUCAAGCUGGAUGGUCUUUGUGCCUUAGUGGCAGCCUGCUGAGGUCUGUCUCAAUUAACUUGAUUCUUUGGCCUCUGGUCAGUUUUAAAGCUUGUAAUUAAUAUCCUGAAAUGACUUCCGGUAACAAAAAUGCAUUGAACCUGUCUUCCAUCCUCGCACGUUUCUCUAAGCCAGGGGUUCCCAACCUGAAGACCAUGGGCCCUUCAAUUAAUGGUAGAAGUCCAUGGCAUAAAAAUGGUUGGGACUCCCUGCUCUAAGCUUUCAGGCCUGUUCUAACUUUAACAUCAAUUGAAAGGUUAAAUUGGCUGCAAACUGUAGAUGGAAUAAUUAAUUCCCAUAAUCUAGGAAGUCAGACCAUUCACUAAACAAGUUUCUGAAGAGAGAUUGGCUAAAUAUGAAGUGAAUAUUGUCAUCUUGAAUAGCUCUUUGAAUUUGUACAGUGGCCACCUCAUGUGGUGGAUUUUCUAGUGUCUACCAGAAAAAAAGUUGGUGUUUAUUUGUUUAUUCCACCCCCACCCCACCCUAAACAUUGCUGUUGUGGCCUGAAAGUGUAAUGUGGUAAGUAAUUUGAUAUUGUUGUGCUCCAGAUCAUCCUACAGUUGUAAGUCUUCAGUGCCCCACCUCCCACUAGUGUUGUAUUUCUGUUAGUGGAGGUUGAAUAUACAAAGACAAGAUUGUGGAUUAUCAAUGAGUCUCCCUUAUUGUUUGAAAGAAGCUCAACCUCCACAUAUAAAUUUCCCGCUAUUUUCAUCAGUCUGCCUAAUCUCAUGCUGAUGUGGGGUGAGCUAGAAGUUAGUAGCUUAAUGGGUCUUGCCUCACUUUAGUUUGAGACCUCCUAUAGCUACCUUGGAUAAAAGGAUCUCAUUCCAGUCAAAUAGGCUUCUAUGUUCGGCAGGAUAGAGAAUGUUAACUGAUUUUCUGCAUAGUUAACAAAGUUAUUUAGGCUAAUUGGCCUUAUGCACCCACCCUUCCUUUGACUACCACUACUUUUAAAUCACCAAGGAACAAUGAGAGUUGAGCAGUACCAUAUGUGGAUCUUGAACCUUUUUCAGAAAUGAGGUGCUGCCUAUGGCAAGUAAUCUAAUAUCACAUGCUGCAAAGUGUGGAAAGAGGUUAGAUUUCUCUGCAAGUAUAAAUGUGUGCAGUUGGAACUCCCAAGGGCUCAGGCUCAGCACUAACACUACAAAGUAGUUAAAUGAUUUUAAAGUACAGCACAUUUCUGUGUUAUGCGGAAUUGUCUUUUUCAUGCUGGUCAUGUCCUGCGGAGUAUGUUUGAAUUGGAUUAGCACACAAGCUUUAAGUCUGAAAAUUCAGGUAUUUUAACUUUUUAUCAUGAUCAGCUGAAUGCUGCACCUUUUAUAUGUACAUAUCUGUGAGCACUCUGAGUGCCUGUUGUUGAUCAUGUCAUAAAAAGAAGUUGUGAUACAAGUUGUUCUGUACUUGUCCAAAUAAAAAUAUGCAACCUUAUUUCUUCCUGUUCCAAAGGUUACUGCUAUUGG